AUGAGAUACUGGCUGUUAUCACUUUUCGCGUUUUUGGCGACUCAAGCCGUAGCCGACGACCUUUCUGACUUCUCCAAUGAUCUCGCCACAGAUGUUGGUCCACUUCUCGUUCUUUUUGGGGAGUCCAUGACUCGCCAGUACCUCAGCGAAAGCACAUCUUUUCUCGACUAUUUCAUUUUUGCUAUGGCGCCGAUCGGGAUUAUCACUGCCAUAAUAUCAGCAAUUCGUGUCUGCGGUCAUUCCACUCUCCGUGCCUUCAUCGGUCGGUCCCAAGAAGGUGACGGAGUUGUGGAAGCAGAGCUCUGUACAUCUACGAGCCGAGAUGUGUGUGAGCUAUUCAAUAAGGGUGGUAUCACCCGUGUCCUCGGUCGACCACAAAUUUUGGAACUUAUCCACAUCAAGAAUCCAGGUCAGAAGGAUGACCUACAUCUUUUCCGUCACUACCUUGAGGAACAUAAAGAUCCCGACACAUCAGAAUGGACAAAAUUUGAAAGGUGCAUCCCUGGUAUGGGGGAUUUAUCAAACGGCUCGUCUUCAAGCCAUAUCCAGUUUGCCCCGAAGCCCAAUCUUUCCCUAAAUGUUGGUAUAAAACGGCGGCCAAAAUGGGUAUUUGUCGUUAUUGCUAUUCUUGGAUGUCUACUUCAGGGUGGAGUUGUCGCUCUAGCUGGAGUCGGCGUUUGGAUUUUCGGAUGGAACCUCAGCGACUCUGGAUCCUCUGCUUCGACAAAUUAUGCUCCAAUCAUGUUUAUUACUGGUACGGUCGUUAUGUGCGGUGGUAUGUUCUGGUGUGCUGCCCUAAUAGGUCAAACGACAAAAGAAGUUCGUUACUCGCGUAAAUCUGGAAAACCACAAAGUCGUCUAUUAUGGCUACAGCCUGGACUUCAAGUUAUAGGAGACCAAAGCUUCGACGCUUUCGCACAUUUGGAAAAUACGGAUGAAGAGCCCCUGCAAGUCUGGACAUCGUCAAGAAAGGACUUCGAUGAACGGUUCGAAGUUUAUACAUUUUUUGCCGUUGCAGCUGUUCUUCUGGGCUAUAUCUCCCAGUUCAUUGGGCUUCGCGGAAUGAAGGCUUGGGUUUCUCUAGCCCAACUGGGUAUCACAGUCACUAUGAGUAUCUUUCGAGGCCUAUUGCGCGUACAACGUCUUGGCCGAGACGCCAACAAGCUUGCAAAGGUGCCAGAUAUGAUCGCAGGACACGAGUUAGAUUGGCUUGCAUUUGAGCUCGCUCUAGGAAGCUCCGUUGGGGAUACUUCUUUUUUCAUCACUGGCCAGUACAAUAACAUCAACUUAUCUGAUAAAGAUUCACUUUGUGGAAGCAAGGCUACAAACCCUCAUGAGAAUCAGAUCGACUUUGACAAGGUUCUUCACAUCCGACAAAAGUUAGCCUAUCUAACAGGUCUUGACUUCAUUGGCUCCAACAAGGAAGUUCAACAAUGGGAACCUUCGCAAGUCAAAGCACGAGAACCAGCUCAAAAACUCGUUGCUGCGAUAUGCAAAGUUACAGAGUCACUAUUUCAUAAGAAAUUUAUGAAGGACAAGAUUACUGUUCAGAUCCAGAUCGCAGCAAGCACGGGUAUAGAUGACAAGCAUGACGAGCAGAUGAUCAACAUUGUUUUGAAACCACCUGAUAGGUUUCAAACAAAAUGGUCUGUUGAUUCGUCUCUCCUAGAAACCAUCGUGGGGUUGUCGACGUGGUCUCUCAUCUCCGCCAAAGCCCUCCAUGACACAGACUUGACUGGGAAUACUAUAUCCCUGCUCAAUGAGGUGAAAUGGAAACGAAUUGUAUUUGGUCUGUCAGAUGAAAGGUAUAGCUACCUUUCAAGAAAACCCACAAAUGCUGAGCCACCGAUUGAUGGAAGCAUAUGGUUUGGGCCUGAUGCGGGAAGACUGUAUUAUUAUCAUGAUCGAAUCGGGGCCGAGAGGAAUUAUCUCCAUAAUCUCGUUCAUUUCCAAAGAGGAUCUCUGAACUUGCGGAAUUCCUUACACUCGUCUGUGUUGACUGCGUUGACCACGUAUCUUCACUUUUGGGAACAACUAUGUGGGUGGAACACAGUUCACGAGUCAUUACAGUCUCGGCUGAUUCCGGGUUUGCCAACCAAUACCGACACCAACGAUACCACUCUCCGGGUUGUAUUAACCGAGGUAGAAGAUUCAGUUACUGAAAUCUGCGUCCAGGACAUUUUUUUAGCGAUUCUCUCCCCGUUGGUGUGCAUGUUGGUCACUGGUGAAACAGUCAUACUUGAAAGCGGUGGACAUGUUCUAUUGCAAAACUCAACAGUCACAGCUAUCUCCGAUAUACUUGUCGAGAACGGUCUAGCAACUCGAUUUGGAGCUUUAUCUUGUGCUGUCUCCCUCUUGGCUCCUAGACUUCAUCCCGAUCCAGAUACCCUCGUUUCUGGUCUCACAGAAAAGGCUGGUAUUUACCGCCGAAAUACAGAAUGGGACAGAGCGGAGACGCUCCUGCAAUGGGCAUGCACCAAAUUCAGUGCCGAAUCAAUCGAUUCUGAUGAACUCACGACGUCUACUGACGCACUUCGUCGAUUCCUUACGGCACUGCAAGCUACAGGAGAGCUUUACCGCUGGUCCUGUGCACAAAAUUCCAACGAGGAAAGACUAGAAUUUGGUCUUCAAGGAAUCAAAUGGAUGAUUACAAACUUCAACCAUCUCUCGAUCAGAAGCCCAGACGUAAAGGAGGUUUUGGAGAGCUAUGAACAUGUCGCGUAUUUGUUUCAACAGGGCGCUACCACCCAUCAGUUUCCGCAGCACUUGUCCACACGUACUGACACCAUGACACAACACCCACUAGUAGAAGCAAUCCGUGAUGGCAACAGGAAGAUGGCGCUAUGGCAUCUUUGCUUUACAGCCACCGGAGACUUUGAUCUCCAUCAACUGCGUCCGGCUCUCCCCUUGGCUGCAUUGAAUGGCUGGACCGAGAUUGUCAAUGCUAUUUUGGAAAUGAAUGGAGAUUUGGACAGCAAAGACGAAGAUGGCCGGACUUCAAUCUCUUAUUGCGCAGAGAGCGGCCACUUGUCGCUACUGAAGCGAUUCGUCGCUCUUGGCGCCUCAGUAGAUGCUGAAGACAAUCAUGGUCGAACACCGCUUCUUUUCGCAGUGAAAUUCAAGCGAGACGCAGCUGCUGAGGUUUUCUUACAAUCUAGGUGGAUCAACCACAACAGAAAAGAUGAUGAUGGAAUGACCGCGCUACAUUGGGCUAUUCGAAAUGGCCUCAUGGGAACAACACAUCUGCUACUCGACCUGGAAGCUAGACUUGAGCCAGAUGCCCGUGUUGGACACGGGUCCUUAAUUCUGGAGGCUGCUAAAACAGGCAAUAAGACCAUUUUGGAGGCCUUACUUCAACGGAACAUCAGCAUUGAAACGAGAGAUAGCCCUCAUUUCCGAAGACCACUGAUAGAAGCUGUUUAUCAAAGCGAAACGACUGCAGUCCAGUUAUUGCUAAUGUGCAACGCUCUGGUAGAUUCACCAGACGAUGGUCUGUCAGAGCGCAGUCUUUUGACCGCCGUAGAGAACGGCGACGAAGCGAUCACAACACUGCUUCUUGGGUAUACUGAUACAUUGGAGGCAUAUCCCAACAUCUGGAGUUCACUCCUAAUCGCCAUAGCAAGCGGUUACUGGACUUGUGCUCAACUUUUGCUACAAAAGUACGUCGCGACCACAUCAACAAGCACUCGGGACUCAAUCAUGCUACCAAUACCCGCUGCAUCCCCACAGAAAGCGGUACUGGAUGCCAUCCUGAAAAUUCAAGAUAAACAGGACGCUGAUUCAAACCUUUUGGUUGAAACCUUCGGUGUUGAGGGAAGUGUUGUGAAGUUACUUAUCGAAAUGGGUGCAGAACUUGAAGAGCGAAAUAGAUUUUGGGAGACUCCACUCAUAGCUGCAGUGAAGAAGCAACAAGUCGGAAUCAUAAAAGCUAUUCUUACCCAUGGUGCGGAUCUGGAAGCGACAGAUCUGAAAGAGCGAAAUGCUCUUUUCUUUGCCCGUGAAGCAGGGGAUGAAGACAUUACUUUACUCCUCCUAGAAAGGAAUGAGAAUGCAGACUUGAAAGAUCGACAGUUGUCGUCUUCGAGGUAUACAGACCGAAAUCAGGAAGCUUUGCGGAAGUCGUUCGUGAACGAUGCUAUUGACUACGAGAAGCGGGCGAAGCUUAAGGUGCGGGACUAG